AUGGCCGCGGUCGAUCCUGCUCUGCAGGACCCUCUCCUCUCACUUCGGCGCGCCAUCGCCUCCGGCAGCCUCCCAACCCCGACGACCUCUUCGGAGCUCACCAACGAACAUGCCACAGAGGAUCUAGCCCAAGCGACACAUCUAUUCUUCUCUCAACCAUCUCCACAAGUCAUCGCCCUUUCAACACCGACGCGAUUCGUUUCCGCAUCCACCAGCUCCCCCGUCGACCUACGCAGCAUCUUUUUCGCCUGGCAGAAGAAAGACGUCGCUAUCCCCGAAUAUAUCGCAUCGGCGCAGGAACUGAAUGAAUCUCUCAAGUCAAAGGAGGGCGAUGACACACAGGUCCAGAUCCUGGUUUUCGUCGAGCGUCUGGAUCUGCUCACCUGGUUGGAAGGUGCCGACGCUACUAGCGAAUAUAUCAAGCCUCUGGAAGGCGCUGCCGCUGCCGCUGAGGCGGCCGUCGCUGCAGGUGCUGUUCAAUCCGAUGCUGCGGCUGGAAUUGCCUCUGGGGCUACUGGGGGUAUCUCGACGGUUCCCAGUGGACCUGUCGGAGCCGUGACGACAGGUGCUCACGGAAGCCGUGCGCAAAAGACUAUCGACCCCCGACUACAGGAGAUCUACAAUGGCGAAAGAAAGACCGGAGAUCGAAACACCGUGCUACGAGGAAUCAAACCAACCGACUUCUCGCACGUCCGGAAAAGCGCCGAGCUCUUCCUUGAUCGAAACCGCAAUCGACCCGGCCAAGCAGGCGUAAAGCCAGGCAGCAAGACUUCCGCCAUGGUGCCGGCGCCGUCCGCGGGGCUCUCCGCACCAUCGCGCAAGCCAAGCUCCCGCCCCGAUCCAAUCAUCCUCCUCUCCCCAUCCGCCUCUUCUCUCAUCCGCAUGUCGAAUAUCAAAUCCUUCCUCGGCGAAGGUAUCUUCGUGCCACCCGACCACCCAACACUGAGCAUGUCGACCGAUGCCAAUUUCAUGGAGAUCAAGCGUCCGUUACGCAUCAAGUCCGAUCCCUCCAAUCCCAACGCUACCUCGAUCGGUUCGCACGGUGGUGGUCGCGGGCCCAAGCCAACUAAAUUCAUUCUCGUCGACGGCACGACUAACUUCAAACCUGAGUACUGGUCGCGGCUGGUGGCUGUCUUUACGACUGGCCAGACGUGGCAGUUCAAGUCUUAUAAGUGGUCUUCGCCGCCGGAGCUCUUCAAACAUGCGACGGGUAUCUAUGUUGGCUGGCGUGGCGAGGAGACUCCCCCGUCCGUGAAGGGAUGGGGUCGUGGCGUGAAUAGUUUCGCUGUCGAGCGGUGGGAUGAGAAGGGUGGGAUUCAGGGUUCUGGACGCUGGCGGGAUCGUGAGGUUGUUGAGGGUAUUUGGACGGCUAUUGAGGAGGGCAUGAAGCUUCGUGGCUGGGGAUCUAAGUAA